AAAGCGUACCAACAUGGACAUCAUAUGGUUAUUGGUUGCGUUACUAUCGUCAUCGGGUUAUUCGAUUGUGGCCGGCUUAUAUAUAUGUGCUCGUUGAUGUUGGAAUGCGUGCAUCAAUUCAGCAUUUUCAUCCGAUGUGGCCUCCCACUGAUCCCGCUGUUCAGUGUCCCAAGCACUGGUGGGAAAAUGUCUUGUUUGUAAACAGUUUGUUUGAAAAUCGCUGUAUGCCGUGGACAUGGUACAUUGGUACCGAAUUCAUUUACUAUCUCUUGUCACCGGUAUUUCUCUUAUUGCUACAUAAUGUACCGCGAAUAGGAUUCGCUCUUUCAGUGGUUACCAUAUUGUCAUCUAGUUUUCUGAAUAUGUUUGGCAUGAUACACUGGAACUUUCCACCAACUCAGUUGCUUUGGAAACAGCCGGAAAUUUUUAGCGCUGAUUUUAUUAAACACCAUGUACUAAUGUACAUAAAGCCACAAUACCGAAUUGGACCGUACAUUGUUGGUUUACUGUUGGGAUAUUAUUUAGUGAUUGUUCAGAAGUGCGCGAAACAAACGCGUCAACGAAGUAUGAGAUUGCAAGCACUCGGAUGGACUUUUGCUUCCAUUGCUUGCUUCUGGGCCAUCUUUGGCUUAUAUCCGGCUUUACAGGGUUGGAAUUGGCACAUGUAUCAUCUUUUUUACGGGGGUUUCCACCGGACAGUGUUCGCCUUGGCUAUGGCUUGGCUUAUUUAUACUUGUCACACUGGCAGUGGAGGAAUCAUCAACAGAGUGCUUAGUAUGAAAUUGUUCAUACCGUUAUCAUCGCUUUGCUAUUCGGUAUAUUUGGUGCACAUGGUAUUAGUAGUAUGCACAUAUCUGUUGGUACCAUUUCCUAUUGUUUAUACAACAAAAUGGCAAAUUUUUGGGCAUUGUCUAGUACAACUUAUACUAUCCUAUUUUUUUGGUAUUUUUUGUGCAUUACUUGCCGAAUUACCAGCACUGAAUCUAGAAAGGAUCGUCUUCCAAAAUGGUCACAAGAAUACUGCAGUGCAACUAGCUAAGGAUUACGGGCUCCAGCAAUCUAAAACUGCCGAUAUCGGAUGA